ACUCUCGCUGGGGUAUAUCUGUACGCCUUGUACGCACUUCGUUGUGCCGGUGCUGGUGGAUCUUUUUUACAUUCGACAGUCGGGAGGAGGAGAGAAGUACAAGACUGGCUUCUGCCAUGCGUUCCCGGAUUGUGGCAUCGUGGUUGCUGGCUGUGUCGGCGACCCUGUGCGCCGCCCAGCAGCAAUACCUCCAGGGUCCACCGCCCCUCAACGGCGGCUACAAGGGAUUCCAACCGUACGGCUCGGGACUCGCCGCAGCCCCUCAACAGGGUGGGGGCAGACCCCAGGGAUUCCAGCUGCCGCAGGGCUUUGUGCCGCAACAGGUGAUCCCACCCACGCAACCGCGGCAGGCCUUCGUCUCGCAGGGAUUCCAGCCGCAGGGUUACCAACCACAAGGUCUUCCGCCUUCAGCGUCGGCUGGUGUUAGCUACGUUCCGAGAGCAGCACCUCAGCCGCAAUAUCAGCCGCAAUUUCGACCACCGGUGCAGCCACCGCAAUAUCAGCCGCCAGUGCAGCCGCCGCAAUACCGGCCACCAACGCAGCCGCAACAAUAUCAGCCGCCUCCACAGCAGCAGCCACAGCCUAAGGCGCAUGCUGUGGAGCAGCCCAAGUCUCAGUCCACAUCACAGUCGUCUGCAAGCUCUACUAAGACGGAGGAGGCGAAGCUGCCCGUAUUCCAAGCUGCCCCCCUGCACUAUGUGAGCAUUGGCGCCAAGCUGGAGGGAGACUACAAGUUCGGUUACGACACUGGAAAGGGCUCCGACAAGACUGGCAGCUUCCGUGAGGAGACCAGGCUUCCAGACGGUACGGUGAAGGGCUCCUACGGUUUCAUUGACGCAUCCGGUCGUCAGAGGAUCAUCAAGUACACCGCGGGCAAGGACGGUUUCAAAGCCGAAGGCGACAUCUACCAAGAAGGAGCGCCGAAGGACACUAUCCCCGAACACAUACAGCAGACAGUGUCAGCCUCUUCCUCAGCACCGGCCCCAUCUGUGCCGGCUCCCGCUCCAGCCCCUGCUCCCUCUCCAGCUCCAGCCACUUCCAGCACCGAAACCAAGUACAAACCUCCAAGCUACACCGAUGCACCCCCAAGAACACCUGCCCAGUACCGACCUCCAGUGUAUCCUCAGUUCCAACCUGCUGCUCCUCCUUCCCAGCCCCCGCUUGGUGCAUCUCAUGUGCCUGUGCUGCGCCUGGCUGCAAACUUGCCCGUCGAGAACCUCGCGUUCCCAGACUAUUUUAAGCACCACCUGACCGAGCAGAGGUCCGCAGCUGCUACGAGCCAGCCCGCACCGACAGCUGUAUCACCUUUCCAGGGACCUCCCCCGAGCGCCCCACAGUCGGCGCCCAGGCAACCUCCUACCUUUGGCUACGUACCAUAUGCGCCAAACGUCAUUCAGGCAAGACCAAGCCCGUAUGCACCUUCAUUCAACGCGAAGUCUCCCGCUCCCCAGCAACCCUCCAGGCCUUUCGCGGGUCUCCAGCUUCCAGCUGCCACUUCUCAGCGAGCCAGUUACCCUACGUUCGCUCAGCAGCAUGGCUAUCCCCUCCCUCUUGUCAGGCCCGGUACCUACCCACCUGCAGCGGCUUCCAGGCCUGGUGGUUCACCGUUCGCCACCGCACCGACUGCCGCUGCUCCAGGAAAGCAAUACGUUCCGGCCCAAUACCUGCAGCAACAACAGGCCCAGCCUAAGGUCAGCAUUGCCAAUAUAUUCGCCCAGGAAGCCCAGAAAGCCGCCAACAAGCCUAAUUUCGCCGACUUCCUCAAGCAGUUCAUCCCACGGCCUCCACCGCAGCAGCAGUUUGCUCCUGCUGGUGGCGCUCCUGGUGCUGCAAGCACGCAACAGGGCUUCUCUCCAUACGGACCACCUGCUAUUACUACGCCAGCGUCUCAGAGGCCCCCUGUGUACCUUCCUCAACAGCCAGCCCAGCUCAGAGCCCAACCCAGCUUCACUCCUCAGCAAGGCAGUGGCGGUCAAGUCCCGCUCUACAACUCCUUCAGACCUCCCCUGCAGCAGGCUCCUUCUUACAUUCCGAGAACGGCGCAGGCGGCACCUCAACUGCCCGUCUAUCCGGUGCAGAGAGCUGGAGUGUAUCCCGAGCAGCUACAGACGAAGUCACUCAAGAAGGAUGAUGAAGAAGAAAACGACGACGGCUCGUACAAGCCAGAACUGUAUGACCACGGCCUGUACGACCCCAAGAAGUACGAAGAACCGUACCUGAAGAAGAAGACCUCUUCAUCAUCAACAUCGCCAGCGAACGCUGUACCGAGUCUACCGCAACAGUUCUACCAGCCUAGUGGUCAAGGCGCACCAUCGCAAGGACAGGCCCCGCAGCAGCUUUACCAGCCCAGUGGUCAAGGCGCGCCAGCGCAAGGUUACCGACAGUUUUAGGAGAGCAGAACACACAGGACUGGGACACCAUCCAUUUUCACUGACACAACAGGAGUGAAAAAGAGCGAGAAAGCGAGGAGAGUAGUCCCGGACACAAAUGGCUACACCGAUAAGAGCACCAGAUGAAAACUCUCAAGACACGGAGGCGCAGAAGCGACAGAGAAACACAUUUCCACAGAAAACGCUUCCCUCUGAAACGGCCAGCGGAACCACAGUCACCAUCGAUCGUCGCCGCACAGCGGACUUCACGUCAUGUUACUGACAUUACGCGCCCCGUGUGCGUGCAGAUAUCAAAGGCCAUCUGUAGUAAUUUUCUCGGCUGAACCCAAGCAAUGUUGGUUGCUUUGAAAGAAAGCAUCAGUCGACGUAUGAGGGCGUGGCCUCGCUGAAGAUGCACUGCUGAAGUGCUUUCUUGUUAAUAAGACGCAUCUAAACAAAGAUACGUUAUUUUAAUGCACUAUGGGUUAACCUUAUACGAAGCAAAGAAAGGUAUAGAAAGUAAUGAGAACUGGUACAUUCUUUUCUACAAAACAGCAUUAUGAUACAGUGAAGUUUUGGAAAGAAGUACAAAUGAUACGAGCGCGCCGGUAAAGCAAAGAAAUGUUUUUAUUUCCAAAACAUUGCUAGGAUGUCUUUACUUCGUAUGUGAAAUUACAAAUGCGAUGGCCUUUGACAUCUACACGAAUCGCUUAAUUACAUGAACGUCCUUUGCCAUGUGCGCCUCGUGUCAAACAAACCACUGGGAUACGAAAGCAUAGGAAACUUGAACAAGACGCAUACGCCAAACUGCAAAAAUGGGAACAUUACUUCUAGCUUUCCCGACAUUCUGUGCUUUAAACAGCUGCAAUUUUUGUUACGAUCCACAGAUGCUCUAUUUUGAUCGAAGACUGAGAUUUUUGAAUAACUGUGCCUGUGAUGUCAAAACGUGCUCUCAGAUUUUCUCAGUACUGACUUCGAAUGGCUUGUUUAGGACAAACGCAUUAUUAUGUAGGAGUCACGAGUUAUAUGCCGUAUGUUGCACUGUAAAUAGCAGGGCUUUUAACUCUCUAUUUACGGUGGAACCUGUGGGAAGCCAUGUUAUAGACCAUACUGUGCAAGCGUAGCAAGUGUAACCUUCGCAAUCACGUGCCGCCUUAUUUUUCAACCUAUGCCAGUUGCAAACGGUGGGGAAAACGGUGUUGUACAUUUAACGGAGCGUUUUUCACACCGCUGCUUUCUUAUUUUCUAUCGAGAUUGGCUGAAAUGGCGAGUGAUAGUAUGUAAAUCGUUAAAGUGAUUUCCAUGGAAGAACCUGGAACAUGUAUGAGAGGAACAUAGCUGUAUCAAUUUAUACAAGCUGUUUCCGAGAGGCUAGUGAUUAAAAGAAUAUGGAAAAGCUGAAGAAGGGCAAAAUCGCAAAAAGAAGUCAGUUGUUCCGGAACGUGGCAAUCAAGUAGAGUAAAAUCCUACUACACACAUCAAGGAGAAAGCAGGCAUCAAGCCAUUUUCUGUUCCUUCCGGGUACGAAGUUGUCUUUGUUUCUUAAAUUGAGCCUGUAAUUCAUACCCGCCCGGCACGUCGGCGCCUCAGGGCUGUACCGAGCGAAUACAAUCAACCAUUAAUCACCGGGAACACGUGAUAUUGCAUUUCACUCGGAGCAUUCGCAUGCUCCGCUCGUUUCGGAAGCGUAUACCUAAGUUACCUCUACCACUCGGCCACCCGGCCGCUAAAUGCAUACGGUAACGUUUUACGCGGCAUGCGGGGGGAGACGCCCUGCCGACGCUUUCUCGCUUCAGAGGCCACGCACCCUACGGCCGUCUUAAUUGGCAGCCACCGUCAUCGCAGUUCAUAAUAGAUGCUCAAUUUCGCGCGGCAUUUAAGCAAGAACAAAGUUAUCGCCGGACAUUGAAGCAGAACACGAUUGAAAUGCAGAGGCCUUGCUGCGCUCCGUGGUGCCUCGCGCAGCGAGCGACUUCUCGGAUCGUUCGAACGGUGGCGCGCCGAUCGUUUCGACCGAACGUGGGAACACCCUUGGGACAGGAAUAAUGCGCCGGCCGCGGGCGAGUGCUCUAGAAAUGAAUGCAAGAAACUAAUGUGUGUUCUGCAUAGGAAAAAAAACAUAAAAAAAAGAAAGCCGUUAGGCAUUCACGAGCAUGGCGUGUCGGCCACGCCUCUGACCGUGCCUGGCCCCGGCAUACAAUGGAAAGCGCCGGUUCCGGAGUCCUUGAGGUAGCCGCAUAACUGUGACGCCAUUCGGUCAGUGUCGGACACUCAGGCAGCCAUGGGCAGGGCUGUGUGUGAAGGAAACGUAGCGGUAAAAAAAGAAAAGAACAAGAAAAACAGCGGAGUGACUUCUUGGGUGAGUUGGCGCAUUCUUAACGUAGCUUAUAGCGCUUGUACUUCUCUCGUGUUUUUUCGCACCAUAAGCUACGUUAAAAACAGUGGCUGGUUGGCGGAUUGUCUAUAGUUUCCUCUUGCCUUGCCCUCUUGUCUUUUAUAAUUUUUCUGCACUCGGUUGAUGUCCUUGUCGUAGCAACGAAGUCACCUGUCACGAAAGGAACGGAGGAAGGCAGAUGGCAGAAAGAAGGAAGCAUUCGCCAUGCAGCGAUCUGGCUGGGAUCUUGCCGACACCCCUUCUGUGAAGGGUGAAUGAAGUUGGUCCACGCAAGCCGGACGGAUCCCGUUUCAGCACCGAAUGAGCUUUCUGUUAUUUCGUGCAUAUGUGGCGUAUGUGUCCAUCAGUACCGAUGUUAUUUGAAUGUCGUUGCUUUUUUUUUACUUGCUUGUUAGGCGUCAAGAAGUAUAGUAUUAUUUAUGUGCGUGACGUGAUUGUGCUGCUAGUUGGUAACACUGGCUUCUGCGCAACCAUUAUCAGUCAUUGUUAAACAAAAAUUUAUUCAAGCCUAAACUGCCCUUCCGCGUAUACUUACGUGUACGAUUGCGCAUUUGCUACAAGCAUCUGUUGUUGAGUGCUUUCUUGAACUGCACUGUAUCGUGCUAACGACUCAAUGACAGUGUCGUAAGAUAUAUACCCCAGCAAGCUAAAUUUCUGACCAAAGUCACUCACUUCUGAGAGCAGUACAUUGGUAAUAAAGAAACAAAUAGUCUCAGUGCCUGAUGCUUUCGUUAGAAGCACUGAUUCGUAUGACAUGAUAUGAAAGAAAGCCCGGCUCACCAAAAUGUUAUAAGAAGCAUAAGGUAAUUUCUAAAAUGUUAUCUUGUCUAGUUUUUGUGCAUUUUCGUAACAGAUACUAACGUUAGGCCUGAAUUCCCCGUGUGAGCAACAAAUUGGAUUUAAAGUACAUGGCAGCCACUUUUAAGUAAAACAAUGAUUCAAGAAGAAAUUACAACGACUGGUAUUGACAUGUAACCAGAGCGCUGUUCAGUAAAAUUUAAUGUUGCAAUUUUUUUCAGUUUUUACUGCACGGAGUAGAUUUCACUUAGACCAUAAUAUUAGAUGUGGACUUGUCGGCUGAUCUUCGACCUUUAUGCUUACAAUCGUGGGAUGAAUUAAGGGAAAGAAACUCUGGGAAGGCAACCAGGUCAAUGUUUUUGAAUCAUCAUGAUGGUUUCAGAAAACCGAAAAGGACUUCCAAUUUAUUGGAGCGGCGCUACAUGACUCGCUGGUUUUCACUGCUUACAGGGAAUCAGCUCAAAUUUAAUACAAUCUAUUCAACUUCCUUAGACAGCUGCUUCUAUUGCGGUCCUGGUUGCUAGUGCUAAUAAGUGAAAAAAAUAUAUGUAUUGACAUCUUUUAGUGCUUUAUUGGCACACCGAAUCAAAGCAUAGCCAUAAACAAUUUCUUCAGUUGUGUACCUUCUAUAUCUGUUAUGCUGUUUUCUUUCAGCCUAAACGUCGCGCCUGUUCUUUCUUCAUAUUCACUCAUUGUGGGGGGUGGAGUGUAUUUAUUUCAUGUAAAUAAAGUAUUUCCUUUCCACAACGUU